AUGCAAUUCAUUGGUUUUGUCAACACUGUAUCAUUGCCAGACUCUGUACUUCCUUACGGCUUGUAUGUGCGAGAAAUCGAUCUUACACCAGUCAACAAAUACGGAGUAGACAUGAGAGUACGAAAGUUGAUUCGCUACUGCCCCAACCUUGUCAGUAUUACGUUGGGUCAGGCAACUAGUGUAAAGGCAGAUACACUGCAACUCAUGGGUCGGUAUUGCCAAAAUGUACACACUUUGGAAAUGGGCGGCAUGAUCAGCUUUCCUUUCAUGUUCGAUUGUGACUUCUCAGGCAUGAUUGGGCUGCGACGAUUAUCUCUUCUCACAACACCUGUGCAAUCCACCUCUUUGAAUACGAUUCCCUCGUCGAUACGUCACUUGCAAAUUGCACAAUUAGAUGCCUUACAGCACGGGGAAUUCGUCACCUUUCUGAAGCAACAUCCUCGGUUGAUCUCCCUAUCAGUAAAACGGUGCCGACAUAUCAAUAGCGAUUUUGCAGCAUUAAUAUUGCAAUUACCGAAACUUUCAAUACUGGAGCUGAUAGGACCUGAGGUGAACGAUGAGAGUCUGAAAGGAUUUUUUGAUAUACCUACUCAAUUACAUACCUUGAUUCUCCGUCAGACACAAAUCACAGAUGCAACCUUAAGGAUGUUUGCUGAUGGUUGUCUCGUGGUACAGAAUCUGGAUAUCACCAACAAUGCACAUGUGUCUCAGCGCGGCAUCGACGCUCUUUUACGGAAGAAGAAGUUUGAGAAGAUUUCUUCAAAUCUGUAG